AUGGCGCAUCUCUUCGAGCUAGCUGAAUCGCUAUCCUCCUCGCCCAAUUAUGUAGAUGGGGUCAGGAGGAACGACAAACAAAGCAAGUUCCCAUCUACGGAAGUCUUUCAGGGAUUUAACCGGCCGUCUCGUCUAGAGGCCGAUGUUGAGCAUCUUGAAGUGACUGGGAUAAUCCCUGAAGACAUCAACGGUACCUUCUUUCGCAUCCAACCCGAUCAUCGUUUCCCACCAAUCUACGAAUCGGACAUUCAAUUCAAUGGCGACGGCAAUGUGACUGCCGUUCGCAUUCAUAAUGGCCAGGCGGAGUUCAAGCAACGAUAUGUCCAUACGGAUCGUUACAAAUACGAAUCGCAGCACGGCAAGGCCUUAUUUGGAAAGUACCGAAAUCCAUACACAGACAACGAAGCGGUCAAGGGAGUGAUUCGCACUGCAGCCAACACAAAUAUCUUCUUCUGGAGAGGCAUGUUGCUAGCUACGAAGGAGGAUGGACCGCCGUAUGCAAUGGACCCGGAGACGCUGGGGACGAUUGGAAGAUAUGAUUUCGAAGGGCAGGUGCUGAGUCCGACCUUUACUGCGCACCCGAAAUUUGACCCCAAGACUAAGGAGAUGAUAUGCUAUGGAUAUGAGGCCGGCGGAAACGGCAAUGACGGAUCGCGCGAUAUCGUCGUGUAUACGAUCAGUGCCGAUGGGGUGAAGACAGAGGAGUGUUGGUACAAGGCGCCGUUUUGCGGAAUCAUUCAUGAUUGUGGAGUUAGUAGCAACUGGGUUGUGCUUCCGAUGACUCCAUUGAAGUGUGAUAGAGCCCGGCUAGCAAAAGGUGAGAACCACUGGGCCUGGGACCCUCACGAGGAUCAGUGGUAUGGAAUCAUACCUCGAAGAGGAGGAAAGCCGGAGGACAUUCGCUGGUUUCGAUCUAAGAAUGCUUUUCAGGGCCACACUGUCAGUUGCUAUGAGACAGGCGAGGGCAAGAUUGUAUUUGACUUGACAGUUGCGGACGGCAAUGUGUUCUUCUUUUUUCCUCCGGCCGAUGCCCCUGCUGGAACAGUCAAUCAGCGCAAUAAACUGCACAACAAGACGACCCGCUGGAUCUUCGAUCCCGCUGCACCGUCUAAUUCAUGGGUUGAGCCGUUGAUGGAAGUCGACACGCUCUCGGGUGAAUUCUCUCGUAUUGAUGAACGUUUUCUGACAAUGAAAUAUAAUCAUUACUGGCAAGUAAAUAUUGACGACUCGAAGCCAUACGAUGCACAACAAUGUGGGUCUCCAGCCGGGGGACUUUUCAACACCAUCGGCCAUUUCACCUGGGACGGGUCUGCCAUGGAUACUUUCUGGGCUGGGCCUCGUGCAACUUUUCAAGAACCAACAUUUAUCCCACGAGCCGGUAGUACUGAGGAGGGAGACGGCUAUAUUAUUGCGCUGUUGAAUCACUUGGACGUAUUGCGAAAUGACGUCUGCAUUUUCGAUGCGCAAAAUAUUGCGCAGGGGCCAGUUGCCGUACUUCAUUUGCCAUUCAAACUUCGGCUGGGACUGCAUGGAAAUUUUGUUGAUGCACGAGAAAUCAAGGAGUGGAAAGAAAAAAGAGCUUCCAUCCUAGGACAAGUCAAGCCAGCAAGCGCGCCGUUGCCAUGGCAGGAGACGGAGGGUAUGAAGACAGAGAUCAAUGGUGUCAGCGGCAGAUAUCAUCACAAGAGGUUCGAGUAA